AUGUGGCUCUACCGGGGCGCGCAGUCAGCCGUCUUUUACUACGCCGGCUGCACCCCCUGUGCCAGCAGCAUCGACCGAAGGAAACGCAGGAAGGAUGCCGCGCGAUCGCAACGACUGAAGGAGAAAUACGACAACCAGCAGCUUAUCACCGACCAACCCCGUCCAUUUCCGCAACCCACCCCGUUCAGUACCAAUGAAGGUUGGCGCGAAGAGAUCAGUCUCGGGCCCGGGCCCCCGGCGCGCCGAGGGGGUUUGCGCAAUAUGCACCGAACGGACAGCUGGACCACCGACCAGAGCUCGCAAAUGAAGAAGGAUAAGAGCGGUCGGUUGAUGCACCCGAUAGGCGAGCGCUUGAAUCGCAUGCGGUAUCAACGGGAGGAUGAGCCCCUUUGGGGUCAGGAAGUGCGCGGGUCGUCGAUUGGGUUCUCCGGCCGCGGUCGCGCAGACCCGACCGAGUCCUCUAAAUACUACACGGCCCGUGUGCCUCCCGUCAAUGAUCUCCAUCCGCCCAUUGUGAGCGGACCGCGUAGCCGAGCUGAAACAAGAUGGAUGCUGCAGCCGCCACCCAACGCCCGCGUCAUGGCGGGAAAGGAACGAUUCCCCGUGUCUCCUCGGGAUAGCGUGGGUGAAGAAAAGGCGCUUCGUUCCUCUCGACCUGCCGAUGUUGAGAAGGAGGUGAAUCAGAUCAGCAAUUACUCUGGCGGUGUCUUGGACCAUGCAACGCAACAACAUCAACUGCCCCGUCGGCCAUCAAUGGCUCGACGCCGUGGACGUUCCGAUAGCACCGGGUACGGGGAUCAUCACUCCACAGUGCAUUCUCGGUCCGACUCCAUGUUCUCCAUGACGCACACCGAUGAAAACUCGCCUAGUCUUUCAUGGAAAUACCCCGAUACUCCCGUGUCUCGACCGGGAUCCAAGGCCACUAAUGACAGCGGGAAAGUGUUGUCCCGCCCGCAAAUCUCCAAGACACUCUCCACCCUGCAACGGGACAAUAAGAAGGUUCAUAUGCUGCACUUUGAGAUCAGCGACGACCCCCAUGACGAAGUCGGGCUCGGCCAACUGGAACGCAUCCGCCCCUGGCGGUGGAGCAUGGACAUCUAA